UGCGGUUUAACUGUCGUCUGUCAGUUUUAGUCAUUUUAUUGAUAUUAUUUUACAUAAAAACAUUAAUAAUCAGAGGUACAGUUAAGUAAACGUCAAACUCAUAUUGUUUUAUCUUGAUUUGUGAUGAAAUGUCGCAGCUGGGAUCGGCUGUGCCCUCAUCAAACUUACCCGAGGGCCUCCCGGUGUCCAGUUUGGCCCUGCUGAUCCUGGUGCUCAUUCCCUGCGUCCUUCUGCUCCUGCUGCUCAACUGCCUGUUCGUGGGAUACAAGCUGUUCCGCAUGACCCGGAGGAAGCGAGACCGCUGCGGGUCGGAAAUGUCGCUCAUGCACUCGUCGUUUUCCACCCGGCAGAGAAUCACCCGCUUCUCUGAUGAGCCUCUGUUCGCUCCAAACAGAAAGGUGAACUACGUCUCGGUCUCGGAGCCGAUGCUGGCACCUCCCAUCACCUCAUCCCUGACCUCCUCAGCGGAAAGAAGGGCCACCGGGCAGCGCGCCAGGUUUCUACGCCCGGAUGGGGCCACCUACGCCGGGUCUGAGUCACUGCGUGUGCCGAACUGGAGGACGAGCGCCCCGGUUCUGCUGGAGUCCAGUGAUUCGGACACGGAUCGGGUCAACACUGUGCCACCAAACUCACCAGCACUGCAUGUGACUCCAAAUGGGUUCUCAAUGCCGAUGACUUCCAUGCGUAGAAGCAGCACCAUGGAGCUGGAGAGCGCUCCUCUGGAUAAGAUCCACGUGGAAUGCGAGUCCGCCAGCAUUAUCCCACCAGAGAACUCCUGCUAUGUGGCGUCGUCAAGCCCCUCGGCUGGAGGUUCAGGACUGGACAGUGACUUUGGAGCCAGUGCAGGUGUAUCUCUGCGUAUUCUUUCUAUGGACAGUGAUGGUUUCCCAGGCUCUGCCUGGGCAUCCGCUAUGGAAUGGGAUUACUAUGACCCUAGUUACGUCACUCAGAACCACGUCCCGAAGCACAGACCUCAUGCACCCCCCAUCACCACCAAACAGUACUGGGUCUAG